AUGGAAGAUGAAAAAAAUGAAAAUUUAAUGACUUUCAUUCAAUUUUGUGCAACAUUUAUAACCAUAACUUUAUUUAUUAUGCCAUUGAAAACAAUUAGAUUAAUUAUAGAAAAAAAAAAUGUUGGAACUGUUGCAGGUUUACAAUUUAUAUCAUCAGUAUUGAAUUGCUUUUUAUGGAUAUCAUAUGCAUUGUUAACGAGUAAUACAACAAUGUUAUUUGUAAAUUCAAUUGGAAUGAUGUUUUCAAUUUAUUAUGUUUUUAAUUAUUGGAAAAAUAUAAACCAAGUUAGAGCAUCCAGAGAUUAUUUAAAGAAAGUUAUGAUAGCUUGUGUUUUAGCUAUAACGAUAAUAUCAAUUUCAUAUUAUAAUACAGUGGAUGAUUUAGAUACUAGAAUUUCAAGAUUGGGAUUUCUAUCGAGUGUAGUAUGUGUAUUAAUGUUUGCAUCACCAUUAGAGAAAAUGGCGAUUGUAAUUCAAUCUAAAAAUAGUGAAGGAAUGAUUAUCAACGUUGCAAUAUUAUCAUUACUAUGUGGUCUAUCUUGGACAAUCUUUGGUUUACUUUUAAAUGAUAUUUAUAUUUAUUUACCAAAUAUAUUAGCUUCAAUUUUAUCAUUUGUUCAAUUAACUUUAAUUAAAUUAUAUCCACCACAAAUAUUAUUAUAA